AUGAUUCUGCGAAGGCAUGCGAUUCUCCUCCUCAACGGCGCCACCACCACCGGCUCCCGCACUCAUGCCACCUCAGCGGCGCACGCAGCCGCAUUCAAAUCCGGCCACGCGGCGGACGUCUUCCUCUGCAACCACCUCAUCGACUCGUACGGCGGGUCGGGCCGCCUCGCCGCCGCGCGGAGGGUGUUCGACGAAAUGCAGCGCCGGAACCUCGUCUCGUGGUCGGCGCUCAUCUCUGGCUGCGCUCGCGCCGGGAGCCCCGAGCUGGCACUGGAGCUCUUCGCGCGGAUGGACGCGCCGCCGAACGAGCACAUCUACGCCAGCGUGGCGCGCUCCUGCGCCGCCCUGCGCGCGCUCGCGGCGGGCGCGCAGGUGCACGCCGACGCCGUCAAGACCGGGUUCCUCGGCGCGUCCUUCGUGGCCAACUCGUUCGUGUCGAUGUACAUGAAGUGCGGCCGCUUCGACGAAGGGUACGAUGUUUUCAGGACGCUCGCGGAACCGACCGUCGUGUCGUACAACGCCGUGAUCUCUGGUCUGGCGGCGAGCUCCCAGCCAGAAAGGGGUUUGGAGGUGUUCAGGCACAUGAAGCUGCGAGGCUUGCGUCCUGACAUGUUCUCCUACGCUUCCGUUCUUGGAAUAUGCGGCAGUUUGGAGAAUUCUUACACUGGAGCAGCGUUGCAUUCCGAUGCUGUCAAGAUCGGCCUGGACGUCACAGCUUUUGUGGGCAAUGUCAUCUUGGAGAUGUACUCGAGAUAUGGCACAGUCGAGGAGGCAGAGCAAGUGUUCUUGUCUGUGCAAGAGAAGGAUGCUGUCACCUGGAACACCUACAUUGCUGCACACUCGCGGCGUGGUGGCCACAUGGAAGCUCUUAUGCUGUUCAAGGACAUGGUGGACGCAAACGUUUGUCAUGACAGCUUCACGUUGGCCAGCGCCCUAGCUGCAUGCGCGGAGCUCUCUCUGAUCCGGCACGGCGAGCAAGUUCACGGUCACCUCAUCAGAAGCAGGGAAGAUACCGAUGUCGCCGUGGGCAAUGCGAUCAUCAGCAUGUACUCAAAGUGCGGUCACAUGGUGUUCGCAGCUCGCGUUUUCGAUCGAUUGCAUGGUCGGAACUUGCUUUCUUGGAACACGCUGAUUUCUGGGUUCGGCAGACAAGGCCAUGCCAUGGAGGCCAUUGAAGCCUUUGAGCGGAUGGAAGAAGCUGGGGUUCCUCCGGACUCUGUUACAUUCACCGUCCUUCUAGCUGCUUGCAACCACGCAGGACUAGUGACCCAAGGCAUGGACUACUUCAACUCCAUGAGCGGCAGGUACGGCGUUUCACCUAGAGGAGAGCACGUCUCUUGCGUCAUCGAUCUUCUGGGAAGAGCCGGGAGGUUGAAGGAGGCCGAGGACCACGUCUGGGCAUCGGCGUUCGGCGACGAUCCCGUCGUCUUGGGCAGCCUUCUUUCUGCUUGCAGGGUCCAUGGAGAUACGGAUGUCGGCGAGAGGGUUGCCGGGAGACUGUUGGCGCUUGGACCAGCGACGAGCUCGCCGUACGUGCUGCUGUCGCACUUGUACGCCUCGGGUGGGAGGUGGAAUGGUGUUGCCGAGGCUUGGCGGAUGUUGAAGGAGAAAACGGGGAAGAAGCAAGAUGCCGGUUGCAGCAUGGUUGAUUCCAGAUAG